ACAAGCCUGCUGCCUGAAGCCACAACAGUCAAAACAUAUUUUAACAUAUCGUGUACAACAAACGAACCUAAAAGUCUAUAUACCUAAUUUAUAAUACUUAAUUAAAUACGUAAACAAUAUUUAUUCUAACAUUAAAUAUGCCGAAAGCAACUAAAUUGCAUAGCACGGGUAAGCCAAAAAGAAUACAAAAAUCUACCAAAAAUGAUGAUCAAACAUCCCCUGAGGAAUCAACGAGGGAAUUUCAAUUGCAAUUGCUGUGGUGCAUUCAGCAAUUAGAAAGAUCUUUAGCAGAUAAGAAAGGCAAUGAAAAACAAUUACAAGAAAUAUGGAAAGUGCUCACAGUCUUGAAAAAUAAUAAUCAAUCAAUAAUUAGAAAAAGACAGCUAAUGAGGACACAUUUAGGUGAUUAUAGAGCAAAAAUGGCCGCAGAAGAAAAGAAGUUGGUCAAAAUGACAAGCAAGAUAAAAAUUGCAGAUAGUCCAUCGCAACCGAAGGCAACAUUUAUACGAAAGUCUGCAUUUCUAUCGACUGGAGAAAAUGCAUUUAAAUUCAAUUUCAAUGUUCCUCAAGAGCCUGAAACUAAGGAAGAAACAGAAGAUAGCAAAACUGAUUCAUUAAAUAAAUUAAAUAAUACUGAAAAAACUCCAGAUGAAAACAAAACUCCAAAUGAAAAUAAAGAAGAAAACAAAAAUAAAUGCAAAUUUACAAUGUCAGGCUCUGGAUUUAAGUUUAAUUUUAAUGUAGAUAGUAAUUAAUUUAGAUAAUCUUGUAAAUAAAGAUGAUAAUUAUUUAGUACAAGUAAACUGCCAGUUAAUUGUAUCCAUUUGUAGAUUGCUUUCUCUUACAACAUUGCUUAUAGCUGCAAAGUUUGACAAGCAUGCAUGACAAAGUUGUAGUUUUAUGUAUGCAAAUCUUUGUUUUUGCAAACUUGUAAGGGCGGCCGUAUACGGACUGUUUCAAGCAGUUGAGACCGACGGCUUGAAGCCGCGACCGCGCGGUGAACUAUAGACAUUCAUUCACUCCGUACACGGACUGCUCGAGCAGUCACUACCACUUCAAGCCAUCAACAGCGGGGUUCGAACAACGACCGACCGCUCGAGCAGUC